AUGGAAGAUGUUGAAGCCUCUGAAACCUAUAAUAUACCUAGGUAUGUCACUACAUUGAGUAAAUCUAGCAUGAUCAUUACGAACAGAGACAAUGUAGAUAGGAAUAUUUGUCUAUUGAUCUCUCAAGUUUUGCAUAUUGAACCCAAGAUUGGUGUCGUGCCGGAUGUCUCCACAUCUUUGGCCCAACCUGAUAACAUUACUGAAACCCCUCUAGAUAAUUCUGAUGUUAAUGUGUCUACUCUAUCUCCUGAAAAAUCAAAAGACAAAGAGGAGUCUGAAGGGAUGAGUGGUGAUCUGGCUGACAAAGAUGAAAACUCUACAAAAAAGGAUCAAUCCAGUGUCAUAGUGAAUAUAGAGGAUUUGGACUCUGAUGAUAUGCCUAUUGGUCAAAGACUGGAUCCAGGAAUAACUAAAAGAUGGAGCAAGGUUGUUACUCCUGUUUCUAUGAAGAAAUAUCUUAAGAGGAAGGAAGUUCUAUCUGAGUCUAGUGAAUCUGACCAUGAUGUGGAACACAGUGUUCAGGACAUCGUUUCUACUACCAGAAAAUUAGAACUGAAAAGGGAACUGGGCAAAGAUGUUUUUGAAUGCAAAGAGGUGAUGAGUCUGAUUCAAAAGGUUGGAUUAAUGAAAACUGUAACUGGCUUUGGCAAGUGUUAUGAAAUUUUUGUUAAAGAAUUUAUUGUGAAUAUCUCUAAGGAAUGUGAUAACAAGAGGAGCAAGGAGUUUAGAAAAGUAAAUGAAGAAGAACAAGCUGAAGUGGAAGUCUUUGACAAUGUUAUCUGCAAAGAGAUUACAGUUAAACAAGUAAAGGAAUGGUCUAAGAAAGGGAAGCUAUCAGCAAGUGCUUUGAGUGUGAAGUAUGAUAUACUUCACAGAACUAGAGCUGCUAAUUGGGUUCCAACUAAUCACACUUCCAACAUUGCUUCAGGAUUGGGUAAGUUCAUUUAUAUUCUCGGGACCAAGUUAAGUUUUGAUUUUGGAUCCUGUGUAUUUGAUCAAACUAUGAAGCAUAUGACCUCUUAUGAUGUGAAGGUGUCAAUAGCUUUUCCAUCAUUGACUUGUGGUGUUAUUCUGAGUCAACACCCAAGUAUUUUGAUCAGUUAUGAUAGUAUCUACAAGAGAGACCCUCCACUCUCAUUACAUUAUAGGUUGUUCAUUGGGAAACAUGUUCCAGACAUUAUUAUGACAUCUGGCCAGACAUCUUCUAGGCCUACUACUAGAACAACCAUCCUUGCUGAUCUAAAAAAUACCUGGAAGACCUUGGAUGAAACUAUUAAAAUUUGUACUGAGAGGAAGAGCAGGCUUGAAAUUUUGAUAAAGGCCUUGUCUGAAGAAGAAGGGGGAUUUGAAAGGUGA